AUGUCUAAUCCGGCCGACAAGCCAGAGACAACUCAUGUCUCAAUCCCAGAUCCAGAAUCUAACAAAUCCCUCAAAGAAAAUGUUUUAAAAAUAUCUUCUGAUCCAACUAGUCUGCAGAAUGAGGCAAUACAAUGUGAUGAUUCAGACUUCUCUGAUCUGUACGAAGAAUCAGAGGAAGAAUUUUUUGACGCUGCCGACUACGACACCAGCUCAAAAGAUCUCACUAAAUCUUUCAAUCGUCAUCGAAAUCUGACACAAAGAGUCAACACAGCCCCUCGAACCAAUCCACAAAGGCCCGCCGCAAACACCCUGAUUAGUGUUGAUGAUCAAUUUUCUGGCCUAGCCAAACACGCAAGCAAGAUUUGUUUUAACGGUGAAGGCGAAAGAAAUAAGACACAUGGAAAAGACAAGUCAGAUCGUGCUACAAGCGAACAAGUGCUUGAUCCUCGGACGAGAAUGUUAUUGUUACAAAUGAUCAAUAGAGGUAUCAUUUCAGAAGUAAACGGGUGUUUAAGUACAGGAAAAGAAGCCAAUGUCUAUGGUGCACUCUCCACACCUGAAUCUAAUGAUGUGACGAAUAAUUCGCCAGUUCAUAGGGCUAUUAAGGUCUACAAAACGAGCAUACUUGUUUUCAAAGAUAGAGAUCGCUACGUUACAGGAGAGCAUCGCUUCAAGUCAGGCUAUAAUAAAAGUAAUAAUAGAGCUAUGGUCAAAGUUUGGGCUGAGAAAGAGUUUAGAAACCUAAAAAGAUUGUACUUAGCCAACAUACCUUGCCCUGAGCCAUUAUAUCUUCGGCUUCACGUGCUCGUUAUGGGGUUUCUAGGUGAUAAGAAGGGCUGGGCUGCACCACGUCUACGAGAUGCUGUACUGCAAGGUGAUGAUACGGAAGAGCAGUGGCGUGCUCUAUACUUACAACUAGUUGGACUCAUGAGAAGAAUGUAUCAAGUCUGUAAGCUAGUACAUGCAGAUCUCAGCGAGUACAACGUCCUAUAUCAUGAGAAAAAGCUUUUCAUAAUUGAUGUAUCUCAAAGCGUUGAGCAUGAUCAUCCAAGGUCCUUGGAGUUCUUGAGGAUGGAUAUCAAAAAUGUGUCAGAUUUCUUUGCACGAAAGAGUGUAAAUGUACUAUCUGAAAGGUCCUUGUUUAAUUUUAUCAUUUCAAUCGAGGGCCCAGUACAAGACCCAGUCUUAACUGAAAACUUAGAGAAACUUUUCAUCAACAGGCCAGUUGUCAGCGAGAAUGAACAAGAUAUUGCUAGACAUAAAGUUGAUACAGAGGUCUUCCGUCAGCAAUACAUCCCUCAAACCCUCGAACAAGUUUAUGAUUUCGAGCGUGACGCAGAAAAAGUAGCGAAGGGUGAAAAAGAAGAAUUAGUAUAUCAAAGUUUGUUGGCAGAAACAACCGAAAUACCACUCCGGAAUAAAGAAAAAGAUAUCGUAGAUGAAGACAAAAUUUCAAAUUCGAGCAGUGAAAAUAGCACUGAUGAAGACGAUGAAAGCAAAUUUGAAAAAGGGACACCUCGUGGGAAAAGGUUUGAAGACAAAGACUCGAAGCGGGAACACAAGAAAACAGUGAAAGAAGAGAUGCGUGAGAAGAGAAAGAAUAAAUUACCCAAGCAUGUCAAGAAAAAGCUCAUUAGUAGCACUGCAAAGCACAAACACUGA